UUUUUUUACCUUUAACGUUUAGAAAAUGGCAACACAAUCGUAUGAAUCUCACAAUAAAAAAGUAAUACAGAGAGCACAACCAGGGGAUCUACUGGAAUUCCAUCGCAGUUGGUAUAACCACUGGGCCGUGUACAUAGGGAACGAAGAGAUUGUACAUCUAAAAAGUAAGGAAGGUAUGCAACUUAUCACUACCAAGGGCGAAGUCGUAAGAGAGAGCGUUUGGGACCAAGUAAAGGAUUCCAGAGUCGACAUCAAUAAUAAACUCGAUACCAAACACAGACAACGAAGUGCUCAAGAAAAAGUUCAGGACGCCGUUUCAAAAAUUGGAAACACUAAAUACAACAUGUUCUGGCAAAACUGCGAGCACUUUGCCACCUUCUGUAGAUAUGGUGUUAACUCCUCCCAGCAGGUCAAAGAUGCUGUUAUGCUUGGAUUGCACGUAGCUACGGAGUUGUGGCGUUUGAAAGAAAAUAUUAUUCAAGAACAUAGAAGACUUAAAAAUUGCUAGUUUUUCUUCUGCUUUUGCUAACCCACAAGCUUGUUAACCUUUUUCAUACACACGCAUUAUGCUUAGUUUCCGUUAUAGUUUUGAAACUAUA